AUGAUGUUCUUCGCCGCGAUGCUGUACGGCCUGACCCCCUUCCUCGGCAUGGCCUACAACUGGCACCAGGGCCAGCGGCCGCUCGUGAAGAUUCUUCCCUUCAAGCUCGCCCUACCGUACGAUUGGCAGAACGGGGCGUACUUUGCGCUGACCACGCUGUUCCUGAACUACGCGUCCGUGCCGACCAUCACGUCCCAGUCCGGCAGUGACGCGCUGUUGACCGGUGUUUGCCUUUACUUCUGCGGCCAGUUCAAUGCGCUUCGGCUUGAGAUCGAAGCACUCGGACCCCGUCCGCCGGCACCGCUCGUGGCCGACGAGGCGGAAACGCGUCACAUUAACCGCGAGCUGCGGCGCAUCAGCCGACGCCACCAGCGCACCAUCGAGAUGGUCCACGAGGUGCGGGCCGCCUUCGCCCCCAACAUCCUGCUCGUGUACACGUGUACCGCGCUCAUUAUGUGUAUUGUGUGCAUCGCGAUGCUCAUCGUAAGUCCCUGCCCCUGUGCAUCGUCCCUGUGACUGACCCCGUUUCCGAUCCUUGCGCAGGUGGAAGGGAUCUACAAGCUCACGUACCUUCCGUACGCGUUCGCCGAGCUGGCCAUCCUGUUCCUCUACUCGUACAGUGGCACCAUCAUCCGGGACGCGGUGAGUUGAGCGGGGGCUUGUUCGCUUGCCCGGUGGUUCUAGCUUCCGUGCGUCCGUCAGAGCGAGGCCAUCCAGACGGUGGCGUACAACUUCCCCUGGUACCGGUACAACCGCGACACGCGCCACCUCAUCCAGAUGAUGAUGAUCCGGGCCCAGCGGGGCUCCAACCUGAACGUGCCGUUCUUCGAGACCUCCAUGGCGACGUUCUCGGUGAUCGUUCGCAGUGCCUCCUCCUACAUAACGCUCAUGAAGUCGUUCCUCUGA